GUGUGACACUCAGUGUUUUCUAGUGAAUAUCAUAGCUGGUCUGCAGUGCACCGCUGAGGGAGAAGAUGGUGCUAAGCAUGAACUCGAAGAAGAUGAAGUUCUUCCCGCUGAUGCUGUUUCAGCUGGUUUUGGUGGUGUUAUUCUUCGUGUUCGUGAGGUAUCAUGAUGCGUCACAUUACCAAAAGAAUCCAGAACAGAUACAACCAGGAACCUUCGAAGGGACACAUGUGAUGAUCUUCAUCGGCUUUGGUUUCCUCAUGACCUUCCUCAAAAAGUACAGUUAUAGUGCGCUCGGCUUUAAUUGGCUCUUGGCAGCUCUGACUAUACAAUGGGCUUUACUGUGCCAAAACUUCUUUACCAUGGAAAACAACACAAUUUAUGUCACGAAGAAAUCUUUACUUGAGGCGGACAUUAUGUCUGCGACGGUGUUGAUAACGUUCGGCGCGAUUUUGGGCCUGGCCAGCGGACUGCAGCUUCUAGUGAUAGCUGUCAUUGAAAUCGUCAUAGCAAGCUUGAACCUUUGGCUUGUAACCGGAGUAUUUAAAGCAGCUGACGUCGGUGGGUCCAUAGCUAUACACACAUUCGGGGCAUACUUCGGCCUAGCAGCGAGUUGGGCGUUGCGGUUUAAGAAGACUGAGGACUCAUCAAACACACCUACAGUCGAUCUAAAUGGACCCAGCUAUACCUCUGACGUCACGGCUAUGAUUGGUUCCAUCUUUUUAUGGAUCUACUGGCCAUCUUUCAACUCGGGUUUGACUCAAACUCCGGCAGAAUAUGAAAUGGCUACUGUCAACACUUACUUGUCCUUGGCUGCUGCUACGGUAACAACAUUCUUCGUCUCUUCGGCGGUGAAUCAUGGUAAACUCGACAUGGUCCACAUCCAGAACUCGACACUUGCCGGUGGUGUGGCUGUCGGAUCCGUCUGCAACAUGCACAUCAACCCCGGAGGAGCGGUCCUCAUUGGUGUUGCUGCGGGGCUGUUGAGUGUGAUGGGAUAUAAGUUUUUGACGCCAAAACUUGAAAAAUGUGGUGUACCUGAUACCUGUGGGGUCAACAACCUGCACGGCAUGCCUGGCCUACUAUCAGGUGUUCUGACCAUCCUGUUGGCUGCGCUCGCCACCAAAGAAGGCUAUGGAACUGAGCUGUCUUCGAUCUUCAGCGCUAUGACUGAGGAUGAAGCAGGCCGCGCAUCAUCAUCACAAGCUCUCUACCAGCUGGCUGCUGUUGGGUCCACCGUUGGUUUGGCGUUGGUAGGAGGUGGAGUUAGUGGUUUGGUCGCGAGGACGUCAAUGUUCGAGCCAUUGAAGCAAAACGAAAAAUACGACGACGAGCUGAACUGGGAACUGCCUUAGAAUAACUUUUAAUUGAAUAACAUAUAUUUUUUUACU